CGGCGGCGGCGGCGGCGGUGGCGGCCAGGGCCUUAGCCUCGGCCUCGGCCCCGGCCUGAGGGAAGGAGAGAGGGAGGCAUCGCGGGUGGUGGCGACUACAAGCGGGAGGCCCUGGCCAUGACCGACUUCAAGCUGGGCAUCGUGCGGCUCGGCCGAGUGGCCGGGAAGCCGAGGUCCAGUCUGGAGCCGCUGAAGUUUCGAGGAACGUCCAGGUUCUCGGGAUCCAUGAAAUAGAACUGCAUAAGUCUGGAAAGCUGUUGAGGUACAAAGUACACACUGAUAGAUGAACAAGACAUCCCACUGGUGGAGAGUUACUCUUUUGAGGCACGAAUGGAAGUAGAUGCUGAUGGAAAUGGUGCUAAAAUAUUUGCUUAUGCUUUUGACAAAAACCGAGGAAGGGGAUCUAGACGUUUACUUCAUGAGUUGUUGUGGGAACGACACUGGGGAGGAAUUGCUCCCGGAUUUCAGGUGGUACAUCUUAAUGCAGUAACAGUGGACAAUCGAUUAGACAACCUGCAGUUAGUGCCAUGGGGUUGGAGACCCAAAGCAGAAGAAAUCUCUAGUGAACAAAGGGAGCAGAGCUUGUACUGGCUGGCAAUUCAGCAGCUUCCCACUGAUCCUAUUGAAGAACAAUUCCCUGUCUUGAAUGUUAUACGUUAUUAUAACGCUAAUGGAGAUGUGGUAGAAGAAGAAGAAAAUUCAUGCACAUAUUAUGAAUGUCAUUAUCCCCCAUGCACUAUGAUUGAAAAGCAGUUACGUGAAUUCAACAUCUGUGGCCGGUGUCAGGUAGCCAGGUAGCCAGGUACUGUGGUUCCCAAUGCCAGCAAAAGGAUUGGCCUGCUCACAAGAAACACUGUCGGGAGAAGAAACGAACCUUCCAGCAAGAGCUUGAGCCAGAGCGAUGACUGAUCAGUGACAUCUCAGCAGUCAGAUUCCUGCUCGCAUGGGCAUCUGUGGACUCUUGUUUUUGCACAGUAAUAACAGACUGGUUAUUGAAGCCGGAAGCACUGAAGAACCCAAUGAUGCUUGCAUAGAACAGCCACUGUAUAGACCAAGCCACUUCAGGGCUCUAUAUAAGGGGAACAAAGCUUCCCCUACAGUGUUAUUCUCAAGCAGAGACUACUGUGGAGGCUUCAAGCAGGAAGCCUCUCAUUAUUUAUAUGUUAAUAUGUUUGUAAACUCAUGUACAGUUUUUUUGGUUAGAAAUUACAAAUAGAAUCAUUUACUGUAAUCUUCAAAUGAGAAA